AGUCUCUACCUUCUGGUUGUCCAUCUGUGGGAAAUCUUAAAGGUCUUCAUUUAAUGCAUCCCCAGAGAUAAAUCCUCAAGGGUUCUAAAUUUUCUAAUAGUGUAGAUGUACUCGACUGCACAGCUCAUAAAUAGUCUGGCUUGGUACAAUGCAUUGCAGUUAGAGUAGACAAAAGUAGCGACAUUUUAGGAAGAAGAAUAAAACGUCACGUGAAACCAUAAAUAAAGGAAAGUAAGACUAUAAAAUAACUAUUUAACAGUUAUUUAACUAGUAUCUUUCAUGUUCAUCCGUAAGGCAAAGAUGACCUUUAUUUUGAAAAGAAUACUUCCGGGUUUGUUGAUUAUAGUCGCUCCACUUCAAUGUUUGUUUACUGGUCCAUUGGCCGUAUUAUUAUGGGAAAUUGCGCUUUUGCUCGCAGGUCAUUGUUUUAAAAUUAAUAUAAUUAUGUACAAUGGCCUGUCCUGCCAAUGACAUUAGUCAGAGACCUCUUCAAAAUGCUAUGCGACUCGUAAAAGUGGCGAUUCAGUUGGAUUCGGGUAACAGACCUAAGGAAGCUUACUGUGAAUACUUGAGAAGUGUCAACUACAUCUCUCAUGCACUACUUCAGGAUGCAGCAUUUAAAGCUGGGGGAGAGAUGGAGGAAGUGGAAGUGGGGAAGAUGGUAAAGUUGGCUGAGCAGUGCUUAGAGAGAAUAAAAUCCUUUAUAGGAAAGAGAAAUCAAACCUCUGUUUCUAAUUCUUCUCCAACCCCAGUCCAGGCAUCAUCACUUGCACAGAUAACCCCUCAAACCAGUACCAAAACAUUAGGGACUUUCAAUAGAGCACUGAUGGACUCGAGUAAAUUAUGCCUGAUCGAGCAGAACUCUCAGCAUCGCAGAGUGUUCUCAGAAGGUAAGGGGGAAGACUGUCCUUUCCUGCCACCUGAACUAUUCCAGAAGCUACAAGUUGUGGAGUCACAAGACAACAAAAAAGAAUUAACACCUAUUGAGGAGGCGUCAUGUCUGAACCAGAAACUAAAAGCUAAUUAUGAGGCACGUCUGGCGCGACUUGCCCCCGGUCAGGCCACACAGAAAACAUCACUGACUCUCUCUCUUCAGAGACAAAUGAUGGAGAACCUGAUUAUAGCCAGAGCCAGACAAGAUGCUCUCCAAAGGAAGAUGGAAGAGAGAAGGCUCAGGCUGCAGGAGCAAGCCAACAGGAAGUUUUCUUGUUCUGCAAUUAUGACACCUGAGGAGCAGGAGCAGAGGAUUCUGUAUGCAAAUAUAUUGGAAUAUGAACAAGAUCAUGAUUGGCCUAAAGUAUGGAAAGCUAACCUAAAGAAGAAUCCAAAUGAUGCAACUUUGGUUUCAGGUCUGGUCACCUAUCUUCUUAGUUGUCCAGACCAUCCUGUUGUGAAGCUAUUGAAGAAGCUCCAGUAUCAAGUGUAUAACAGGCUGUACCCCAUAAUAAGCCAAACUGUUCCUCCAAGCCCAACGCCUGGCCACUCUGUGCAUUUAAAACUUUCACACAGUGCGCAGAACCUGCUGCUCCCUCAGAGUCCGCCGAGUCUGCGCAAGCCUGGCCUAAGCCACAGCCUGUCAGACGCCUCUAUCUCCCUCUCGCCACUCCCCGACCUCAAUGCUAACAACACGGCAUCUAAAAUGGAUUCAGAAGAGCUCCUGACCCCGGUCCCUCCAGACCGGGAGAACUCUUUUGAGGAUCUGGAGCAGUACAUGACCCAGCUGGGCUGGGCUUCAGCUUGUGCAGAAGACACAGUCUCUGAUUUAACCUUUGACUUGACCCACAGUGACAUGGACGCCCACGUUCAGGACCUGGAGGAACGAGCUUUGAAAGAACACCUGAAAGCCACAGUAAAAGACAUCCACAAUGCCAUUGAUCGUCUGCUGUCUCUGUGUCUGCUUUCUUUUGAAUGUCUCAACACUGCAAGCUCCAAAGACCAGUGUGUAGCAUGCAUAGAGGAGGUCUUCUUCACCCCAAUAUGGGGCCCUCUACUGGCACUCUUUAGGAAGGUGCACCGAGAUCGAGAGCUGGCUUUUGAGAGCAGUGUUCUCCUGUACCAUAAUGCCUCACCUGGUGAUGUUGGUGUAGCAGACAAACUGUUCCCCAAAGACCCUGCUGUUCUGCAUGGUUCCUACCCAUACGAGUGUGCAGUACAGGAACUAAAACUCCUGUGUAAAGACUGCUGUCCUCAAAAGAAGCUAGAAUGCAUAGUGAGAACCUUAAGACUCAUUUGUGCCUGUGCUGAGCAUUACCAUGUCCUUCAAGAGAAUGAUCCAUCACCAAAAACGGCAGCCAUUGGAGCAGAUGAUCUGCUGCCCAUUUUAUCGUACGUGGCCUUGCGCAGUGAACUGCCUCAACUCGUCUCUGAAUGUGCUGCACUGGAAGAGUUCAUCCAUGAGGGUUAUUUGAUUGGAGAGGAGGGCUACUGCUUAACCUCAAUGCAGAGUGCCCUGACGUAUGUGGAGUCACUACACUUGGGUGGAGCUUUGCAGCUGGCUGCCAAACCCACCUGAGUCAGUGGUAAGGAGAUGUUCUCCAGUCCAGGACAGGAACUUCUUAUCCUUCCUCCUCAUCAGGGCUGCAAGAUUAAACACCUCUCUUCAAUUCAGCACACACUAUAGAAGAGGUUACACAAAGCGAGUCUGGAGCUUUCUAGCCUCAAAAGCGUGAGAGCACUGAAUCCUGCUGUGUUGCAGAGUUGCGUCCCAAAUGGUUUCGGGUUAGAGGAGUGGAAUCGGGUUGAUGUUAUGAGGGAAUUGUUUUUGGGCGUUUAUCUCAUUUAAUGGAAAAACUGAAAUCACGUAGCGUGCCUAAUUUUAUUGUCCGUUCAUCCUGUUUUGUUUUCCUCAUAAUGUGGCUGUUUGAAGUGCUUUACUGUGAAUGAAUAGGAUCUAAAGCCAUUAUAGCCAUUUGCUUUUUUUUUAAAUUACCCGGGCUAGUGUAGAUAUCUUCUGAAGAAGUACAAUGGCAUAAUUAUUUAUAACGACUCAUGGACAGUCGUGUGUGAAGAGAUUGCUCUGACUGACUAACACAUUGUGCAAUUUAAGUGUUUAUCAUUUCCUUGAAGGAAAUUCAAAGUACUGACAUGCUAAUUCAAUGAGGGAAAAACAAUGGAGUCUGUAAACUUCUGGCACAGUAUAGUUAAUGCAAUUGAGCAUGUUUCAGACAAAUAUCACAUAACUAACUUGAUGUUUUUGGGGGCAUAUAUGCUUUUGUGAAUGAUGUUCUGCCAAGUCAUUGCAGGCUGGUUAAUAAAUGGGAUUUCUUAGAAGUAGAAUGGUAUGAGAGAUAUGCCAGACACCCUUUUUUUUUUUUUUUUUUUUUUUUUUUCCCUCUUCCUCCCCCCCCCCCCUUUUUUUUUCUUUUUGACUGUGCUAGGUGAUAUGCAUCAGCAGUGGAUCAGCACCUUGAGAAGAUUAACACAUGGUAUUGGACUAUAUAUUUAAACAUUCGUUGAAUAUUAUCUUUAAGGUUCCAUGUAGUACAUAGUAUACCCCCCCCCCCCACGUGCAUUAUACUGUUUGUACAUGCAAUUAUAUGGUCCUGUGUAGUGUGUUACUGCUUUAAAAAGUUUUAUUGAACUAAGAUUCCUGAUCUGUACUGUUUUUAAAAAAAAAAAAAAAAAAAAAAAACAGUUAAUUAAACAUUUAAAAAAAAAAAAACGUUAAUUGUAUUGAAAGGAAAAAAGGAUAACUUUUUUGUAGUUUUGCCAACAUCCACUUUCUGCUAGAAGGUGUAGAUUUUAUACCUUUUUUGUUUGUUUUUUUUUUUUGUGUUGUUUUUUGUUUUUUUUUUUAAACGUGAUGACUUUUUGAUGCUUCAGUGUAUUUUACUCUCCAUUUCAAUUACACAAACUGAAAUGAUGAAGCAAAAAAGUAUGAAUGAAUCAAAAUGUGUAUGAAUAUUAAAUGCUGGCAUUGCUGUGCCAUCUAUCUAAUGUAAAUGUAUAUCUAUCCUAAUGUAACAUCUGUCUAAUAUAAAUAUGUACGUCAUUUUGUGGUGUUUUGUACAUCACUGGCUGCUGUCAUCUCAAUCAGUUGUAUGUUUGCUAAUAAUCUUUAAUGUGAAUUUGUUGAAAAGAAUGCAUCUGAGUGUAGGCUAUAUCUUGGAUUUUCUAAUAAUAAAAACAUAAGUAACCCUUACCCUGGUUUGUCUGUCAUAUGUAACAGAUACAAGAGAAGCAAAGAAAAGCAGAAAUAGUUGUUCAAGUACGAUUUAUUGAAAAUGUCUUGAUUUUCAGGUUUGUGUGCUAUGAAACUCUAAGAGGCAGACUGUUGCAAGAUAUUUCAUGCCAGGUAAGACUGGAUUAAACAUGCCAGUCUUAAUCAGAGGAAGGUGUAGCCAGUAACCUCUGGUAUGCCCUCUCUCGUGACUAUUGUUAACUGAUGCCUAGCUCAUUGUCUGUCCAAUUCUUUUGUUUUGCCUGAUACAUGAACACUUCAAUGCUUGUCUGUUUGGUGGCACGAUGCAACGCAGCACCCAAACACAACUUUGUGUCAUGCAGCCCCUUAAAUGUUGAAUAUAUUUCUCUAGCAGGGCAAAUUUUGAGUAGUGAUUUAACGGAGGGGGAAAAAUCCACUCUGACCAACUUGCAUAUUAAACUUCAUAAUUAAUAUGAUCUUUAGUGGCAUCUGAGUGUUAUUUUGUAAUGAAAUUCUAAGUUGUUUUUUUGCAUUUAAACUUUUUCAUUGACAGGAUGGUCUAUUUUAAUUUUGGUUAACAGUUUCCUACAUUAACCACAAUUCCAUUCAACCACCUGCUGAGAGUGGUAACAGUGGGGGUUUAUGGUGCAUUAAAGUCCUGUCUGAAAUGUAAUUAAAAUGUGCGUGCGCUUGAAUGCCACCACAAUGGCAUUAUUACAAAUCAAGGAAUGAGCCCCAAUAAAUUUUCUAGACUUUGGGGAGGAUCCCUGCAGCAGUCAGAUUUAAGCGGUAAUUUUGCAUGUUAACUGUUCUGUACAGUUGAUGAUCAAUAAAGUGUUCUCUUGCCAUUCCUUUUUUUUCCCCACCACAUUGUAUCCUCUGAACUUUAAAGGAGGACUUGAAGGCAUCAUUAGUCCUUGCUUCAUCUCAACUGCUGUAGUCUUUCACUCUGUCCAGCUCUCCUAUCUCUUCAUCUGUAGACUCAGCACAAACAGAUCAGGUUCCAAAGCUUCAACUUGCAUGUUAAUACUACCA